AAAUUGACCAUGAGGCUCUUGGUGUUGUUGGCGCUGCUGCUAUCGCCGUCGCGAGCCUUUUUCUUCAACCACCCAAGUAUUAACGGUGACUCGUACAGCUACAAGGGAGAUGGCAAUGUCCCUGACCACCCCGAAAGCCUUUUCCAGCUGGAUGACACCUUCACCGACGUGUGCGUGGCUGCAGUCUGUACAUUUGCUUUAAAGAACGCCAAAUUGCUGAUACUUUUGGUCGUAUUACGCUUGGACUACAGCACGCUGGAAAACUGGGAUUUGAGCAGAGUCGCGGUUCUCAAGCUGCCCCCCACAAUCCAGAAAUUGUACGACUGUAAAUCUGAAUUGGAACGCACGAAGGAUGCUGUUACUAAAGUAAAUUCUGCAGGAGCCUCAUCAAGUGCAAGCUGUCUGUCAUCCCUGAUGAAGUGCGAAUGCUGGAGAACUUGCAGGAGCUGUACGAUGGCACAGUGCUCUCUAUAUUCAUGUUGAAGACUGACGAAUCUGUGCUAAAUGGUGAUGGCCUUGGCAGAAAUGUAGCGGAGAACCAAUUGGAAGCCUUUGACGGUGUAUUUACAACCUCUUCGUCUUUGAUUGAGUUGAAUGUUUCACACAACGCUCUCCAAACCUUCAACAUACCGUUGCCACAUCUGACGACUCUAGAUCUAUCCUCCAAUGUCCUAACUGAGUUCCCCAACGCAGUGUUUGCAUCGUCUCAGUUGGACAGCUUCCGCAUUUCUGGCAAUGGGUUCGAGAUCGUAACGUUGUCGACGGCGCAGUAUGACUUCUUCGCUGGUUUAUCUGAUUUUCAGGCCGCUUUCGCCGACGUGUCAACCUGUGCGUCUGGGUCUCUCGUUUAUCUUCAAGGAAAAGGUGUAUGUCGCUUGGAUAUUGCAGCAGAAGAAGACCCUGCAAUUGUGAUGCGAGAUCACGGGGCGGAUAAGGAGGAGCCCUCAACUCCAAUGGCGACGGUCGGGGUGGUAAUUCCACACUUGCCGAUUCCAAGCAACAACAUCACCAAGAAGUAUAUCAUCGCAGCAAUUAUCGUGCUGAUGGUCAUCGGUAUGAUUGCUGGUGUGAUCGCUCUGAUAUCGCUUGGAAUUGUCGGUGGCAUUGCACGCGCAGUCUACGAGUAUAUCGGCAGGUGGCAGAAAAAGCGCCACCGUGAAGGUAUUCACGAGAACACGCCUUUGUUUUUCGACCAGGCAGCUCGAGCAAGCUAUCAGAAGGAGAUGGAUGCGGUUGACAAGUUGUUCCCAUCCAAUGACCCGGUUCUUGUGACGUGGCGCAUUGAUUAUGAUAGCGUUACACUUGUGAAGAAGAUUGCUCAAGGUGCGUUCGGUGAGGUGUGGGUGGGUCAUUACCGCAAUGAUCGAGUAGCUGUGAAGAGGUUGAUUCAAGACCAGGUGUCACUGGCGACUAGUGAAGCGUUUUUGCGUGAGAUCAAAUUGAUGGCGUGGCUAGAGCACCCGAAGAUUGUCCAGUUCGUGGGUGUCGCGUGGACAAAGCUGGUUGACAUGCUCGCCGUGAUUGAAUACAUGGAUGGCGGAGAUCUACGAACGUUGUUAGAUAAGAAAUCCCCCAAGAAGCUUCCGUGGCAGGAGGGUGGUCUGAAGCUACAGUACGCCCGUGACACAAUUGAUGCAGUUGUGUAUCUACACUCGUUAAGCGUCGUGAUUAUUCACCGUGAUCUCAAGUCCCGAAAUAUUCUACUCGAUUCCAAGAAGGGAGCUAAGCUUGGCGAUUUCGGGGUUUCGGCUACUAAACGACAGCACGAUAUGACUGCCGGCGUAGGCACUGCCCGUUGGCUCGCUCCUGAAAUCGCACGAGGGGAAGAUAAAUACACAGAGGCUGUCGAUGUGUAUUCCUUCGGCAUCAUUCUCUCCGAACUGGACACGCAUCAACUACCGUUCGGGGAUGCUAAAACGAGCGCAGGGGCCCCACUUAACGAUAUGGCUAUCCUUCAAGGCGUUUCAUCUGGUACACUGCAAGUCACACUGUCUCCUACGUGUCCUUCCAACCUCGAGGCACUUGCCAGGAGUUGCAUGAACUUGGAUCCUGCUCAGCGUCCAACUGCUGCCCAGGUGGCCUACGAACUGCGAAAAUCAGAUUUACUUCUUUAACAUUGAGCGUGAAGAUUAAGCAGUUCAAACUGAGCAAGCAUUAAAUGCAACAGGAACGAGAAAUACGAGGGAGUUGUACUGGAAUUCGUGAACUCUGAUUUCUGACUGGUAAGUUGUGAUUUACCGAAGUCGACAACCAUCGUGGAUGUUAGUAGUCGGCGGUUGAGUAGUAUCGGUUGGACUGUCGGGUGUUUGCGUUGAAGGUGCGUCUGCUGUCUCAAACGGAGUAGUGGUGGGCGCUUCUGUUGUUGGGACUUCAGUGCUUGGACUUGCCAUAAUCGUCGCCAGCGGCGGAGCGGACGAAAGUGCUGUUGUUGGCAACGUUGACGACUGACCGGGACACUGGAAGCGGCUGUCCGAAACUGAGGGGCACGCUUCAUUUGCAGAGCUAUCACUUGGCCACUGGAACUGACGAAGGCCAGGAGAGCCAGCAGGGCAAGUGGAUGUUUCAACAUGGUUCGGAGGGACCUCAUAGGUGCUGAGUGUUGGCUGCCUCGAGCCGUCGUACGAUGCAAACGCCUGCCUGAGGAAAUCAAAGUUCGGAAAACGCUGGUACGUGCAGUUUAUGCCUGCGUCCGUGCAGUCUGCUGGCGAGAAGUAACCCAGCCCGUAAUUCUGCGGGCCGUACGUUGUGAACGGAUAGGGGGACGUUGACAUGGAGUUGGCAUUCUCCGUCGAGUACUCGAAUGCGAUACCACCAGCGAAGUAGUCACUGUACUCCGGUAGGUUCAUGAACACAGCAUCGUGGAACGUACGCUGCGCCUCGAAGCCGUCCACAGUGGGGAAUGCUGGACUGACACAGCCGAACUCGGUGAGCACAACGGGGAUGGAGUAAUCGUAGCUUUUGAAGCUGUCGCGCAGCAUGUUGAAUCCCGUGGCCUUGGCCGGGUCCGAGAUGUCGUCGCAGUGUACGUACGUGUUGAUGCCGUACCAUUGUGCGUUCUCGAGCUCGUCACUCUCGUCGGUGCGACAGUUGUAGUACUGCGCGUUUUCAUCUCGGUCGGUAUCGGCCACGACGAGACCCACAGGCACUCGACGUAAGUUAGGGCACGACUGGAUGAAGGCACGCAUGUCCCGGAUGAACUUCUUCUGGCACGGCGCGUUCCACGUCCAGGGGUUGCCUCCCGUACGGUGGUUGAUCUCGUUACCUCCGCUAAACGCCAAGACGUUAUCGAAGCGCGCGAACUGUUUGAUAAUCUUCUCUCCGCGUGUCUUAUAGGACGCGGGGUAGCACGUAGGCGCAGAAUCAGCCGUAAUCUCACACCCUUCGCAGUUGGCGCCGAGAUCGACGACAACGUAGAUCCCCGCGGACUGCAGUGUGCACAUGAAAUCCGUGUGAUCGACGUCCGGGUCAACGGCGUAAAGUCGGAUAACGUUGGCUCCGAGCGCCAUGAACUGCGGUACAUCUCGCUGCCAGAUGUGCUUGAAAUCGUUUGAGAAGAGAUCGAGGUUGUUUAUGUCGAGGGGGCCGGUGUUGGGUCUGGGGUAGUAGUUGACGCCUCUGAUAGCGAAGUAGUCACCUGUGACCGAGUCAAAGAAGCGGUUACCCUUGAUGAUCGCCGGGUUUAUUGCGGCCGUGAGAGCAGGGAUAAGGACUUGGAGUCCACUUAGGAUUAGUAUGGCUUUUGGAAACAGCAUGUCUGUGUGCGGGUGGUUGUGGUGUGGUUGCUGAAGGUGCUUUGUGAAAUGAGGAGACUGCGCGGAUUCGGCAACUAAGCUCAUAAGUCUACACUAUGGGAAGGGCGAAGUGGCCGUAGUUGCGACGGCAACGCUGACCGCCCCGCUUCCCAUUUUCUCGGUGGAAGCGGGGGUAACGACGUCGUGAUGGCUUCUUGGCCUUCCUCUAGAUGCUCUGUCUGCGGGAAGACUGACAAACUAAUAGAUAGAUUGAGAUAGCUACGUUAUGCUGCCGAGCAGUGAUGCUGAGCGUCGACUUUCCUUGACGCAUACUCCU